AUGCGCGGAGCCGCCCGCAUGCGCAGUGGGGCAGACUGGCGCCCUCUUGUGGCAGGAGGCGGCAGUGGCGCGGGACUCGGCGGGACCGGAAGCGGAAGCGGAGGGGCCCUGGCGGCCGUUGCCCCUGACAACGGUCUCCCCGGCGCCGUCCACGCUGGGGUGAUGGCGAGGUCGGGGCCCCGGGGGGCUCAGAUGCUGUCUUCGGGCAGACUGGCCGGGCCUGUACGACUCACACGAGGGCAGAAAGGGCCAUGGCCGAGGAAGGCGUCACGUUUGGAGGCCGGUUCUGCGGAUCAGGUGGGCCUCACCCAGAGCGGGCUGGGCCGCUGCACUUCUCUGCUGCAGAACAUGAUGCGCAUCGAGGACACCUCUUCCAUGUGUGCAGGAGCCGGUCGAGUGGGUUCCAGCGGACCGUGGCCCAGACCACUGGCGGUGGCUGCGGCAACCGGGGGCAGGGGCAGGAAUGCCAGCCGGAAGGGCCCCAAGAAGAGCGUCCUUGCCCCCGGACUCCGACAGGAACUCCCUACAGCACCCACAGGGACCAGGAGACUGAUCCAGCGUGCACCUCCUGGGGACCAAGCGGGGACUGCGUCAAGUCCUGGGCCCUGCCCGCCGGUCCCGGUCCCUCCGGCUCCGGCCUCGCGGUCCCCGGAGAUGGGCCCGGCCCUCUGUGAACAUGUACAGACACAGAUGGCGUGGGUCAAUGCCCAGGGCCCCCCCGGCAGUGCCGGGGGGACCCUCGGGACCUUGUUGCCCUCUUCCUCGGACACCGGCCCCCCAGGUGCGCCUUCUUCUGUGUACUCCCCCUCUGGCCCCGGCUUCGUGACCGCCACAGCCCAUCCACCCACUCUGGCUCCAGCACCUGAUUUAGGGAAGCCACCUCUUAUCCAGACUGGAGGCUGCCGCCCAGGGGCUUCCCCCAUCCCGGAGCCCACCAGACCUGAAGGCCCAUGCUGCCGCUGCCCCCUGGCACCCCGGGGCGGACCAGGCGCCCCGCCGCUGGCCUCCCCGCCAAGUGCCGCCCCUCGGCCUGCCAGGGAAGCAGACUUGCUGCGCUGCCUCGAGGCCCACCUUGCACUCUGGCGGCAGACCCCCUGCAGCCCCGCCCCCAGGCCGGAGGACAAGGAGGACAAGGAGGCCACCGGGGACCCGGUGGACACCACACCCGUGAGGGAGGCCGCCUGCCGUGGGGUAGGGGCGGGCGGGGGCUCGGGCCAGGGAGCCCAGAGGCUGCACACCGCCAAGUACCUGCUGGGAGAGAUCCAGGCCCUCCUGCCCCACAAAGGGGGUCCCGAGCUCCAGCGCUUGGUCACCGAGAUGGUGGCGUGCCUUGCCUCGCUCCCGGAAACUGCCAACUCCGCCCCUGCCCAGCCAGACAUCGCCCUGGCCCUGCCUGCCCUACGCCUGGACAACACCCAGCACCACAGGCCUCAGGACAUCUCGAACCCACAGCCAGGAGAGCGAGCGUGGAGCGGCCUGGACUGGACCUGCCCUCUGCACAGCUGUGAACUUGUGUCGCUGCGGUCUCUGAACCAGACGCUGCAGACUCAGCUGGCUGGCGCCCUGAGGACCUGGAGGCCCUGCAGGGCUGAGAACAGGAAGCUGCUGGAGACCCUCCACGAGAAAGAACAGGAGGCACUUGCCGGCAAGCAGCGCUGGGACGCCGAGGCUGCCAAGGCUCAGAGUGAGCUGGACGCUGCACUGGCCCAGGUGAAACGGUCCCAGCUUCAGCUCGACGCAGCCGAGAAGAGGAAUUGCAUCUUAGGCAUCACGCUCCGCCAGCGGGACUGCGAGGCGAACCGGCAGAGGGAGCUGACCAGGACGAUGCAGUCCAGCAUGGCCAAGCUGCUCUCAGAGCUGAGCGUGGACAGCCGCUGCCCCAAGGCUAAGGCCGAGCCCCGCUUGACCCGGGCCCUCCUGGGAGGUCCACACCAGCGGUCUCCCCCAGACCCUUCCCCGCCCUGCGCGUCUGUCAUGAGCUUCCUGCGGCAGCUGGACGCAAGCAGGGCCCACCCCUUCCCGGGCCGGGCGGGCAUUCCGAAAUGGCGAGGACCCCGGCGGACCCAGCAUCUGGACUACGAGACCAUGUACCUUUCCCUGCCACAGGAAGGCCUGGGGUCUGGCGGAGGGGUGUGCCUGGCCCCACCAGACAGUGCAGGGCUGGACAGUUCCCAGGGCAUGGCCACCUCCGGGAAGCCGGACGCCCCAUGGAUGGGGCCGGAUGCUACACCCACCUCUGAGUGGGUCCAGGCGGCCACUGGGGCCGACGUGCAGCUUCUGCUCAGGAUGAAGGAGGCGAUCGCCCACGUCCCCAUCCCGGGGGAGUGGCCCUUGGGGUCCAAGGGGGCGGGACCGCCGCGGGCCCCCAAGUUCUGUGAGCGAGCCCCAGCCUCGGCCCCCGGUGGCCCGGAUCCCAACUUCCCGGCGGGGCAGUCAGAGUGGAGUGCCUCAUCUUUCUCCACCUUCACAUCGCUCGAUGAGCAGGACUUCCGGGCCGGCCUGGCAGCACUGGAUGCCAACAUCGCAAGGCUGCAGCAGGCACUGCGGACUGGCCUGGCAAGGAGAUGACCCUGGUCUCCGUGGGGUCUGUGUGGAGGCAGGGGGAAGGCGGGAGCGGGAGGGCUGGGAUCGGGGGGGUGACAUUGAAUUAUGAGUGGGUUGGAGUGAUCAGUGAAAUAAACGAGAUUCAUUACUGCCUGAACCAAGGGGCUGCUGUGGACGGUCAA